CCAAGCUCUUUUUCGACGUUUGUGUUGGCAGGGUAGUUCCUGCUUUACGCUAGCUGUUUCCAGUAAUCGUGUUGUGAGAGGGAGAAAGCCAUGUGUGUCCAGGCAAAGGUUGAUGGAUGAGAGACUGGAGGUCCAGAUUCACUCUAAGUAGUAAAAUAUGGCAGAUCCCAUUAUGGACCUCUUUGAUGAAUCACCACUGUUUAAUUUGGAUUCCCUGCCAGAAGAUGCGUUUUCUCAGGGUUCCUCAGACCCAGUUGAGGAGGCGCUGAAGUUGGCCCUGGGCCAAGUGGAUCCUCCGUUACAUUCAGGUCCUGGUCCAGAGAACAGUAUCCCUGUCCUUAGUGAUAAUGUCCAAGCACCACUAACAACCACAACAACCAUCGCUUCUGUUCCACCUCCCGUUUCCAUUCAGACAGUACCUCAGAUGUCUGUUUCCAUAGCUAGUAGUAGCAGUGGGUCAACUGCUGUUCUUCUGAGUUCUCCUUUGACUGUAUCGGGGUCUCAAGUUGCUUCACAGCAGGUGCAAACCCAACAUCUUCUUACACAGCAGGCAGCAGGGCAGGCAGCCCCAAAAAUAGUGAUUCUAAAGAGCCCACAGGGUCAGACCCAAGUUCUACAGAGUGUCGCAGGAACUCCCGGCACCGCUGGGAAGCUUACCAUUGCAAGAGUGGUGACGGGGACGCCUAUAAGACCAGGAAUGUCCAUUGUCUCAGGAGGAACUGUAUUAAACGCUACACAGUCUGCACAGGGACACGUCAAGGUGGGGACAGGUGUCCAGAGGUUGGUGCAAACAGCUAAUGGACCUGUGAAGCAGGUGCUACUAACCUCGUUACCCCAGACACAUGUCCAGUUACCCACACAAAUGCAAGCACAGACAGAAAUGCCAAAGUUGCAACUUCAGACUCAAGUACAGUCAGCACAGGUGUCGCUACAGACACCGGGUCAAGAUCAGGUUGCUGUUACAACUGCAAGUACAGUGGCAGCCCAAACACAAGGUGUCACACUGUCAACCGUAGCACAACAGGCUGAACCUAAAAGGAUCACGCUGGUGCUACAGCCGCCUUCACAGGGUGGGACAAACCAGGCUGGUGCAGUGACAGUUGGUGGCAGUCCAUCAGCAGGAGCCGGUCAACAAGGCCAGCAGCCCAGGCUUUUAUUGGGCUCUCUGCCGGGAAAAUUAGUCCUUCAAGGUGGCCAGCUGGCCGCUUUUACCCAGGCUAGAGCAGGCCAGACAGGGGCACAACCAAAGGUGCUCACUAUCCAGCUUCAGGUACAGCAGCAGCCCAACCAACAAGGAGCCAAGUUUCAGCUGGUUUCUGGUCCAGCAAAUGCUAGUGGUUGCCACCAAGUAGUCCAGGUUUCUCAAGGCCAGGGAGGACAAAGACUGGCUGUGCCUGUUAAGCUUCUGCUACAACAACAGACAAGCUCAGCUUCAUGUUCUGGGGGUGCUGUUUCGGUGGUGAAGGUCAUCAAUACCACAGCUGGAUCUUCUGCUAACUCCACAACUGCCUCACAGGGUUUACGUAUAGUCAAGUCCACUGAGCCCUUGAGGAAAGUAGAAACUCUGUGUAAGCAGGAGAAAGCCAACCGGAUUGUGGCUGAGGCCAUCGCACGGGCUAAAGCUCGUGGUGAGCGAAACAUUCCACGGGUGCUCAGUCAAGAUGAAUUACCUGCUAGACAGACAUCCGAUGAUCUGGAUGGUGAUGGUGGUCCAACUGGGACGAAGAAGAAAAUUGCAGGAGGGAACAAAAAGAAAAGCCCUACAUUGGGUGCACCUACUGUGAAAGCUUCAGUGGGAGACAAGAAGGUGAAGUUGAAAAGUUCUGGAUCGGUGGUGUCCGGAGGAAGUGGAAGCUGUAAGAGUAAAGGCAAAACAAAACCCAACACUAUCACUCUAGUGGGUGGCAAAAAAAGGAAAAGAAAUGCAUCUUCAGACCAUUCAGAUGGAGAACUGAACCCUCCUGCUACAAGUCUCACACAGGAAGAAAGCCUUUCUCAGAUGAGACGUUCUAAUCGUCAAGUGAAAAGGAAAAAGUAUACAGAGGAUUUGGAUAUCAAAAUCACGGAUGAUGAAGAUGAGCCAGGGGAAGAUGUGGAUGUGACCACCCCAAUCACCAUAUUGACUACAGGACAUUCUCAGUCUAUGGGGCCUCCAUUUCAAGAGCUAGAAGGAGAUGGCCUUCCCAGCAUGCAGUUCUUUGUGGAAAAUCCAAGUGAAGAAGAUGCGGCAAUUGUAGAUAAAAUUUUGACUAUGCGCCUUACCAAAAAGGAGGUAUCUCCAGGCCAGUAUAUAAAUGUAGAGGAAUUCUUUGUCAAAUACAAAAACUAUUCCUACUUGCACUGUGAAUGGGCCAGUCUGGAGCAACUUGAGCGAGACAAGAGGAUCCACCAGAAGCUGAAGAGAUUUAAGGCUAAACAGUCUCAGAUGAGAACCUUCUUCCACGAGGAUGAGGAGCCAUUCAAUUCAGAUUAUGUAGAAGCGGACCGCAUCCUGGAUGAAUCCCAUAGUGUGGACAAAGAAAAUGGAGAGCCGGUGGUGUACUACUUAGUCAAAUGGUGCUCUCUGCCUUAUGAGGAUGCCACAUGGGAGCUAAAAGAAGAUGUAGAUGAAGGGAAGGUGGAGGAGUUCAAACGGAUCCAGAGUCGCCAGCCCAGAAUCAAGAGACCUCCUCGUCCACCCGCAAGUGCAUGGAAGAAGCUAGAGCAAUCACGAGAAUACCUUAGUGCAAACACCCUCAGAGAAUAUCAGCUAGAGGGAGUCAACUGGCUACUUUUCAACUGGUAUAACAGGCAGAAUUGUAUUCUGGCAGAUGAGAUGGGUCUUGGUAAAACCAUCCAGUCAAUUGCUCUACUCUCUGAAAUAUUUGCUUCUGGAGUCCAAGGACCCUUUCUGAUAAUUGCCCCUCUCUCCACCAUCACUAACUGGGAAAGAGAAUUUUCCACAUGGACAGAAAUGAAUGCCAUUGUUUAUCAUGGCAGCCUGGCCAGCAGACAGAUGAUACAGCAGUAUGAGAUGUACUGCAAAGAUAAUAAGGGGCACCUUAUUCCAGGAGCUUAUAAAUUUGAUGCGCUAAUCACAACGUUUGAGAUGAUUCUGUCUGACUGCCCAGAGCUGAGGGAGAUCUAUUGGCGUUGUGUGAUCAUUGAUGAAGCACAUCGUCUGAAGAACAGAAAUUGCAAACUGCUUGACAGUCUUAAGAUGCUAAAUUUGGAGCAUAAAGUGCUGUUAACAGGUACGCCAUUGCAGAAUACUGUGGAAGAAUUGUUCAGCCUGUUGCACUUCUUAGAGCCGGCACAGUUCCCUUCAGAGACAGAGUUCCUGCGUGAAUUCGGCGAUCUCAAAACCGAGGAGCAGGUGCAGAAACUGCAAGCUAUUCUGAAACCUAUGAUGCUACGCAGAUUGAAGGAGGAUGUUGAAAAGAACUUGGCACCAAAGCAGGAGACCAUUAUUGAGGUGGAGUUGACUGAUGUGCAAAAGAAGUAUUACCGUGCUAUUCUAGAGCGUAACUUCAGCUUCUUGAGCAUGGGAGCUAAUCAGAACAGCAACGUGCCCAAUCUUCUCAAUACCAUGAUGGAGCUCCGCAAAUGCUGCAACCACCCUUAUUUAAUCACAGGAGCUGAAGAGAAAAUAGUGGCUGAACUUAGGGAGGUGUACAGUGCCUCAGCUCCAGACUUCCACCUUCAGGCCUUGGUGCGCUCAGCAGGAAAACUGGUACUUUUAGACAAGUUGCUGCCUCGUCUCAAGGCUGGUGGACACAAAGUGCUUAUCUUCUCUCAGAUGGUUCGCUGUCUUGACAUCCUAGAAGAUUAUCUCAUCCACAAAAGAUAUCUGUACGAACGCAUUGAUGGGCGAGUAAGAGGAAACCUGCGUCAGGCAGCCAUCGAUCGCUUCAGUAAGUCCGACUCUGACCGGUUUGUCUUUUUGCUGUGUACCCGUGCUGGAGGACUGGGAAUUAAUCUGACCGCUGCUGACACUUGUGUUAUCUUCGACUCUGACUGGAACCCACAGAAUGACCUUCAGGCCCAGGCACGUUGCCACCGUAUUGGCCAGUCUAAGGCUGUAAAGGUGUAUCGCCUCAUCACCAGAAACUCUUAUGAGCGGGAGAUGCUGGACAAAGCUAGUUUAAAGUUGGGAUUGGAUAGAGCUGUGCUUCAAAGCAUGAGUACCAAUAAAGACAGUAAUGUCAAUGGGGUUCAGCAGUUCACCAAGAAGGAAAUUGAAGAUUUGCUAAGAAAAGGAGCUUAUGCUGCUAUUAUGGAUGAGAAUGAUGAGGGCAGCCGUUUCUGUGAAGAAGACAUUGACCAGAUUCUUCAGAGGAGGGCCACCACUAUCACCAUUGAGAGUGAAGGCAAGGGAUCCACCUUUUCUAAGGCCAGCUUUGUGGCGUCCGAAAAUAGGACGGACAUUGCUCUGGAUGACCCAGAAUUUUGGCAGAAGUGGGCCCAGAAAGCUGAUAUUGACUUGGACACUAUAAAUAGAAAGAAUACCCUUGUGAUUGAUACUCCACGCAUACGAAAACAAACACGACAGUACUCUUCUCUUCGUGGGGAAAGUGGUGAGCUUUCAGACUUAGACAGUGAUGAGGAGUAUCCACCCCAGAAUUCUCGGCAGGCCCGAGCUUCACGUCGGUCUGACCGUCAUGCUGGCGGUGGCUAUGGCCGCACUGACUGCUUCAGAGUGGAGAAACACCUGCUGAUUUAUGGCUGGGGACGUUGGCAUGAUAUCCUGUCCCAUGCUAGGUGUAAGCGCCGUCUUGGGGAAAAGGAUGUGGAGACCAUUUGCAGGGUCAUCCUUGUCUUCUGCCUGCUACAUUACCGUGGAGAUGAAAAUAUCAAAAGCUUCAUAUGGGAGCUCAUCACUCCUCCAGAGAAUGGCCAGGAACCAAACACACUCCUCAACCACUCAGGUCUGUCCAUUCCUGUGCCUCGUGGAAGAAAAGGGAAAAGAGUUAAGACUCAGAGUUCUUUUGAUGUGCAAAAGGCAGAGUGGAUCCGCAAGUAUAACCCAGAUACGCUUCUGUUGGAUGACGGCUAUCGCAAACACCUCAAACACCAGUGUAACAAGGUAUUGCUGCGAGUACGCAUGCUGUACUAUCUGAAACAGGAAGUUAUUGGAGAACAUGUGAAUUCUAUACUUGGAGGGGCUGACAGCAGGGAUGUUGAUAUUUGGUUGCCUGAGAUGGAACAGCAGGAUGUUCCGUCUGGUUGGUGGAAUACAGAGGCUGAUCGUUGUUUGCUAAUUGGAGUGUUCAAACAUGGAUACGAGAUGUACACUACAAUGCGUGCUGAUCCCUGUUUGUGUUUCCUGGAGAAAUGUGGUCGCCCUGAUGACCAGGACAUAAAGGCUGAACAGCACUCAGCAGAUCCAGAUUUGAGAGAUGGAGGUGCCUAUGACAAGUUUUCAGAGGAUCCAGAGUUCAAGCCUCUAAAAAGGCACAGCAAAGAACUGUAUGAAGAGACUGACUCCAGGAACAUAGACGAGUUCUUCGUGGAGGAUCACUCCACAUAUUCCACUGCCAUGCAAGGUGAGGCACAAUCCUCAGGUUCUGUGGGGACCUGCUACUGGCCAACAAGUUCAUCCCUCACAGCUCGAUUACGGAGACUAAUCACAGCAUACCAGCGCAGCUACAGACGGGAACAACUAAAGAUGGAGGCAGCUGAAAAAGGAGAUCGGCGACGCCGUCGAUGUGAACAAGCCACUAAGCUGAAAGAGCUUGCACGACAAGAGCGACAACAAAGGUGGACUCGCAGAGAGGAGUGUGACUUUUAUCGAGUGGUGUCCACAUUUGGUGUGGAACGCAUGAAGAAUGAGAUGGGAAUCCAGGAGGAAAGGGAGGCCAGACUGGACUGGACACGUUUCCGAACAUAUGCAAGACUAGACAAGAAAACUGAUGAAAGUCUUAACCGAUACUUCCAUUCCUUUGUGGCUAUGUGUCGCAGAGUCUGUCGUAUGCAUCUUGCUCAUGGAGAGGUAUCUACAGAUCUGUCCCAGUCUCUAGCACCCAUUUCUGAGGAGCGAGCCUCAAGGACUCUCUAUAGAAUUAGCCUGUUGUCACGCCUACGUGAACUUGUCCUUCCUCACCCCUCCCUACAGGAGCACCUUGCCCUGGCACCACCAAGCUCUGAAUUACCCAACUGGUGGAGAACUCCAGAGCAUGAUCAUGAACUGCUUCUAGGUGCUGCUAGCUGUGGUGUAAGUCGCACGGAGCAAUCCAUAUUCUCAGAUUCGCAGUUCUCCUUUGUCCAAGCCCAUCAUGAGUAUGUCCAGAAGCAGCAAGCAUGCCUUGCUGCACAAACCCUCACACAUAACUUACCACAUCAGGGAGACAAUUUUAGUGAAGUAAAAAUUGGUGAUGAGAAACAAGUUUUGGAGUCAAUUUGUUCCUCAGCUAUUCCAGCCAAUCCAUUCUCUCAGAGUGAAAGCAAAAGGAGAGAAGAAUCAGACUGGUCCUGGAAUAAAAUUGACCCCAGGGUAGCCGGAAGGAAACAGGGGGUGACAGACGGAGGCCCUUCAGACUCUGAAUCCGAUUCCGAUUCCGAAUCAUCUACCUCUUCUCAUCAAUCUCCUAGUUCAGAUGUCAGUGGGGACAGUGAUGCUGAGAGAGAUGAGCAAGAACCACUGAAGAUCUGUGAUGCAGAUGAAGACAACAGCACCCAUUCAUUCACUCUGUCCCAAGACGGUGCUCAACCGGAAACACUUAGUGACCAAAUCAGAGUUGACUGGCCUAAGGAUCGUGUAAUAAUAAACCGAAUAGAUAACCUUUGUACCCUGGUUCUGACUGGACAUUGGCCAUCUGGACGACGAUACACCUUUGAUUAUCAGCUUCCUAUGGCUUAUGAUAAACAGGAGUUUGGAGAUGGAUCGGGCUACACCCCUAUAUACCGCAAAGGCAACAGUACCCUCUCUUCACAGGAUGGAGAAGAAACAGAGUUUACUGUCAAACUGUUGAAAGAGGAAGGGCUGAAAUUGACCUUCUCCAAACAGGCACUAAUACCAAAUGGGUCAACAAAAGACACAAGUGGACGACGAAGGCACAGUGAUCAAGAGUCAUUAGAUAUGGAUGGAGUACUCUGUGCUCCUCGUAAGAGGGUCUUGCCCAACUGGCUCAAAGAAAAUCCUGAAUAUGAGGGUGACAUGCUAGAGCUGCUGGUGAACAGGACCAAAAGGAAAAGGAGAAAGAAGAGAAUAGAAAAUGAACAAGCACCAACUGGCAGAGAAAGAGUUAAAGUUAUAGACAUGAAGACUGGCAAGAAGGUGCAGUUUGGUGGGGUGUAUGGACCUGCAUUACAGAACCUAAAGGAGUAUCUUGAAGAGAAUCCUGACCAUGCAGUAGCACCAGAAUGGGUUGAAACUGUUCGCAACUCGGGCUUCCUGCCAGAACAUUUCUUCCACCAACUGUUGCACACGUCAGUCUCCAGACAGAGCCACAAUUACCUCACCAAUCCUUCAGCCCAAACUGAGAUUCAUUUGGAAGAAGGGGAAAAUGAGACACUGGUUUCUGAUGGGGCUUACAUCAUGGAUGAUGAUGAUCUGGACAGUACUCACCACUUCCUGACUUCUACUUAUGAUGCACAGGUGGAGGCUGGAUCACUUGACAUGGACAAAGGAGAUGCUUUGUCAACUAUUGGAUAUGAUAGCUCUGAUAGGGAGGCUGUAUUGGAUGAUAUAAUUAUGGCACCUAAAAAUUCUGAUUCUUCCUCAUGUUCAGAAGAUUGACCAGGUCUGAUUUACUUGAUCAUGAAAUUGUUUUAUUGUGUGUAAUUCUACACUUUAUACUUUUUUUUUUUCUUUUUUUUUUUUGCUGCUUAUAAGAUUUUUUUUCCCCCAUUUAGAUUUGUGGCACCAUUAUUAUAUAAUUUAAUAUGAAUUAUUGGCCCAUUAUGCAGACUCUAACCACAAUAAAUUGUAUGUCCUCUUUCUCUGUUAAACUGUUGUUCAGCAUUCCCUUCAUAUCCUGUGGCUGUGGGGAGCCUCUGGCUGGACUAUUAUAUUUAUAUUUUGAGCGGUACCUCAGUCUAUUUUAACUGUGCCUGUGUCACAAAGAACAUGGCUUUAUUUUUUUCAGUGAAUACUGCAACCAAUGCUUUUUUUUCCGUCUAUUGUACAAUGUAUAGUUGGUAAUAUUAAUGCAAAAAAUUGUUCAUUUUUGUUUGAUGAAUUGACUCCAACUGAUGUAAACAUGAAUAGCAGUCAACCAUGAA